CGCCGCGGAGCCGACCUGCGGCGGCGGGAUCCCGGCGAGCGGCGGCGGCAGAGAGGAAGAGCUGACGCCGUCCUUCUUGCCUCAAGAUGGAAAACAGCACCACCACCAUUUCUCGGGAGGAGCUGGAAGAGUUGCAGGAAGCGUUCAAUAAAAUAGAUAUCGACAACAGCGGCUAUGUCAGCGAUUACGAGCUCCAGGACCUGUUCAAGGAGGCCAGCCUCCCCCUGCCUGGCUACAAGGUGCGAGAGAUCGUGGAGAAGAUCCUCGUGGUCGCCGACCACAACAAGGACGGCAGAAUCAGCUUUGAAGAGUUUGUUUCUCUGAUGCAAGAGUUAAAAAGCAAGGACAUCAGCAAGACGUUCCGGAAAAUAAUUAACAAGAGGGAAGGCAUUACCGCGAUCGGAGGGACGUCUUCCAUCUCCAGCGAGGGCACGCAGCACUCUUACGCAGAGGAGGAAAAGGUGGCCUUUGUCAACUGGAUCAACAAGGCCCUGGAGGGGGACCCCGACUGCCAGCACCUGCUGCCCAUGAACCCGGCAGAUGGCAGCCUCUUCAAGUCCCUGGCCGACGGCAUCCUGCUCUGCAAAAUGAUCAACUUAUCUGAACCAGAUACAAUUGAUGAAAGAGCCAUUAAUAAGAAAAAACUGACUCCUUUCACGGUUUCUGAGAACCUGAACCUUGCGCUGAACUCUGCCUCGGCCAUCGGCUGCACCGUGGUCAACAUCGGCGCCCAGGACCUCAAGGAGGGGAAACCGCACCUGGUCUUGGGCCUCAUCUGGCAGAUCAUCAAAGUCGGCCUUUUCGCUGAUAUCGAGAUCUCCAAGAACGAAGCUCUGAUCGCACUGCUUAAGGACGGGGAGGAACUGGAGCUGCUGAUGAAGCUCUCCCCGGAGGAGCUGCUGCUGCGCUGGGUGAACUACCACCUGACCAAUGCGGGCUGGAGGAACAUCAGCAACUUCAGCCAGGACAUUAAGGAUUCUAGAGCCUACUUUCACCUGCUGAAUCAGAUCGCCCCUAAAGGGGACCGGGACAACGGCCCUGCCAUCGCCAUAGACAUGUCAGGAUUUAAUGAGACGAGUGACUUGAGGCGCGCUGGCUACAUGCUUCAGGAGGCCGAGAAGCUGGGUUGCAGGCAAUUUGUCACGCCUGCCGAUGUGGUUUCCGGCAACCCGAAACUGAACAUGGCUUUUGUGGCCAACCUGUUCAACACCUACCCCAGCCUGCACAAGCCCACUAACAAUGACAUCGAUGUGAAUUUGCUGGAAGACCUGACUCCUCCUAAUGUAGGAGAGAGCAAGGAAGAGAGAACAUUCCGGAACUGGAUGAAUUCCUUGGGAGUCAACCCCUACAUUAAUCAUUUAUACAGCGACCUCUCUGAUGCGCUGGUGAUCUUCCAGCUCUAUGAGAUGAUCCGUGUUCCCGUCAACUGGAGCCACGUCAACAAGCCUCCGUACCCUGCGCUUGGAGGGAACAUGAAGAAGAUUGAAAACUGCAACUAUGCGGUGGAGCUCGGGAAGAACAAGGCCAAAUUCUCGCUGGUUGGCAUCGCGGGGCAGGACCUGAACGAAGGGAAUGCGACCCUGACUCUGGCGCUGGUGUGGCAGCUGAUGAGGAGGUACACAUUGAAUGUGUUAUCAGAUCUUGGAGAAGGUGAAAAAGUAAAUGAUGAAAUUAUCAUUAAAUGGGUCAAUCAGACUCUUAAAAAUGCAAACAAAAAGUCUUUCAUUACCAGCUUCAAGGACAAAUCUAUUAGCACGAGUUUACCCGUUCUGGACUUAAUAGAUGCCAUUGCACCAAAUGCGAUCCGUCAAGAGAUGGUCACACGAGAAAACUUUUCCGACAAGGACAAACUGAACAACGCUAAGUACGCCAUUUCAGUUGCUCGAAAGAUCGGUGCCCGGAUUUAUGCUUUACCUGAUGACCUCGUGGAAGUGAAACCAAAGAUGGUUAUGACGGUGUUUGCGUGCUUGAUGGGAAAAGGACUGAACAGAAUAAAAUAAGGAAACAGUUAACAUGAUUUUUCUGCCACAUUAAACACACUGAAUGCCUCAGUUUACAAAAAUUCUGAAAUGUAGUCAGUGUAAAAACCAGAGAUGAUUUGUAUGCCUAAAAUCAUCUCAUAACUGAUGAAUGAAUUCAACAUCCUGUUCAUAUUAGUUAGGAUUUCUCAACCCUUCUGGAUAUUAUGAUUAUGAUUCUGAUACAGUCAAUUAUAUUAGGAUUUCUUUACUGUCAAACUGAUAUCUCAUCAUUAAAUUAUUUUCAUUUUCUUAUCCUCAUUAGGACAAGAUCAUUCCUUUUUUCAUGGUUCAAAAAAAUCAAUACAAGAUUUUUUUUCA